AUGGACGGAAACUUGAUUGAACAGUGCAAGAAUUUCAGCCGCGAAAAUCAUUGCCCCGAGGUAGUUGUUCCUUCCUUGUGUUGCCCUGUAAGUAAUGAACAAGAUGUGAUCGAUCCAGUGGCAGAUGGUGCAGAUUGCAGCCCUGUUAUUUGUACCACACCGGAUGAUUUCAAGUCUUUUGAGAAAUGGGCUUCAAAGCCCCAGAUCAAAACAAUUUUGGAAACCUGGGACAAAGAAACUUGUAAAUACAAGAUCGCCGAAUCGGUGGAGACCAGCAGUGGUCUGGAGGACUAUGCCGAAUAUGCAUUUGUUGUCCGUGAACGCGUUGACCGAAACUCGGAGGAAGUGACGCCGUACAUAGACAUCAAAUCGGAAGACCUGCGUGACAUACUUCGUGAGGUGCUGCACGACGUCAAAGCUAUUAGUCUGAUGGAGGACAAGCCAUCGAUCGAGCAAAAUAUUCUUUUCCAUUUCCUCCCUGAGCUCGAAGAAUGUGCGGAUAACACAGAAACCGGUCCGGACAAUGUAUCAGCACAUGCGCAGCAUCUCCGCCUGCUGGUCAAUCACCUCGAGCGCGCAUACGCUCCUAUCUUGCAGCGUCUCGAGUCAAUGUGGCAGCACGGACAGAUUACGUAUGACCUUCUUUGGGCACUUUUCAAGCCUGGUUGCCACAUCUAUACCACAUGCAUUGGCACAAACGAGCCACGAUGUGUCAUAUUCGACGCAGGGGAAGAGGUAACACGAAAUGACGAGACGUGGUUCAAUCUCGAAUGCCGAUUCAUUGACUAUGACGGCGUUAUAUUUGGGGAAGCCGGAAUCUUUCUGCGCGUGCCAAAGUUCCGAGGGUCAAAGUAUAUCGCGACUCUUGAGGCUUAUCCUCUCCACCACCAUGCGAGCCACGAACAGGUCCAAAAAGACCUAGUCGAGAGAGGCCAAAGGUUUCGGGAUUUUGCUGGCUCGCACAUUCAGCACUGCAAAGGCAGCGCAUUCUUUAUGAACAAGGGUAAAGCUAUCAAAGUUAACAUCAACAGUCGAGUCGCAGUGGACGCCGUAUUUUUCCAUGAAAUGCAGCCAAACUACUCCCGACCGUCACUCCGCGACAUUAGAAUGAAAGAAAAAGACGGCAUUGCCGUCAUUGACUUGGGUGCAAUGUUCAUGGAGGACCGUGAGCGAGAAAAAGAGAGAAUGCGAGGAGACGGUGUGGAUGCACAAAAGCUGAGCGAGGCCGAUUUGUUAAUCGCUUGUCCAACAGUUUGUUGUUUCAGUUUCAAGGAGAAAAUGUUUUUGGAGUGCGCAGUUAGUGCUCUCAGGGACGUGAAAUGGUCACCUGAAUCAUUUGACUGUUUGCAAAUUCCGCCAGAGAACAAGACACUCCUCUUGUCAAUGGCAAAGACUCGCUUGGGUCUGAUACCGACAUUACCUUUUGACGACGUAAUUGACGGAAAAGGUCAAGGGCUCAACAUCCUUCUGGAGUAUGUCGGCAACUUGUUUAUGCACUAUCUUGACGCGUCCGUCCUAACAUAUCCUAGUGGCCCGCCCGGCGUCGGAAAGACAUUCACGGUUGAAGCAACCUCGGAAUAUUUCAAGCUGCCUCUUUACUCGAUAUCCCCGGGCGACCUCGCCGUCGACCACGGAGAUUCUAAUGCGCUUGAGCAACAACUUGAAACUGUAUUCAAAAUUGCUAAACACUUCAAAGCCGUGCUCCUCUUGGAUGAAGCAGAUGCAUUCAUGGAGCAGCGUACUUCUUACCACGAUACUCACAAUCGCAUGGUGACCGUUUUCCUCCGAAAGCUGGAAUAUUACCAAGGAAUCCUUUUCUUGACUUCAAAUCGGGGUAUUCAGUUUGAUGAUGCAAUCCUCAGUCGGAUCCAUUUAAUCUUCAAGUAUGAAGGCUUAAGCAAGCCAUCUCGCAGGGGUCUCUGGUCCACUUUUCUGAGUAGGGCACGUACAGUUCAAGGACCUGCCGUGGUUGAGGAGCACGACCUCCGACGAUUGGAGGAUUUAGAUCCCAAUGGACGAGAGAUCAAAAACAUUGCAGCAAUUGCACAUGCUCUUGCCGAGGCGAACGCCAGCCACGUGAGCUAUAAAUACUUGGAGUUAGCCGCGGAAUCGAAUCAGAAAUUUUCAAAGGAGUUUGGCAGAGAGAGGCCUGCUGAUGGAAUGUAUGUCUAA